ACCUGUCGGACGUUGUUGAAGAAGUGCUAGUGCAGUAACGGUUGUGAGAAUUCGCUGCUGUUGACGGCUAUUGUGGCGGUUAGUGCGCGUUCGUGUGUGUGUGUAGUGUGAGACUGGCAUUGUGUAGUAGUAGUGAGUGAUGUUGGUUUUGUGCAAUGGCAGUGAGCAAGCGUACAGUAUGAAAUGGAUGUAUAGUGAUUUGGGCCAGUGCGAAUGAAAUGGCCACAAACGGAAAGGUGUAAAUUUAAUAAAUGAAAAAGCAAAUACUACGAAAAUUUUCAGUAUCUGCGAGUAAAGUAAAUGAAUAGUUAGCUAAAUUAUAAAAAAAUCAUUUCAUUGGAAUGUGAGGAGUGUUAUUAAAAGAAUAAUUAGAGAAAAAAAGUAAUUGUUAUUCGGAAAACGAAGAAGAGUGUGUAAAUAUUAAUACACGGAGUAUCUAAUGAACUGCUAAUACAAAAAAAAAAAUUCUCAUAGACGUCCGGCAGUCAUUCAUUUAACGAAUUCGCUGCCACUUUUUGCUGUUGUACGAGGCGAAAUAUGUUUUAAAACCAAGUUAAAAGGCAGCAGCAAUAACAACAAGAGCUUAUUGGAAAACCACUACAAUAAAAACAAACCAGUUUACAGUGCCUUCUCAAUGCACGAGCUGAUUUAAUUGUACGUACACAAAGUAUGUAAGAGAGUAAAUAUUGAAUUUUCAACUAUUUUGUACGUCGCGCAUAAAUAAUUUUUAUGUGAAUUUAAAUUUAUCACCACUGUGGUAUUUAAUAAGUGUUGUUAAAAUUUGUUUGUUACUUCUGGUUUCUGACACAUUCAUUUUUCUUUUAUAAGACUGUUAUUUGUGUGAUGCCUUUGUGCGCUCAUUUGCUCAUUUCAAUCGACGUAUUGGAAAAAAAGUUGAAACAAAAGAAUACAAAAUAAUAUACAGAGGAAUAAAAGCAGCUCAACAAUAUCAACUGCUAUCACCGUAGUUAACGAGAAAUAGUAAAAUAAAAUUUUGAAAAAGGCAGCAACAAAGAGUGCAUAAUGCGUUUAAAACGAAAAAUCACAAUCAACGCAAUCGGAAUGCACACUUCAAGCAACAACAACAGCAACAGUGCUGCGCCGCUGUUAGGGGCGUCAGCAAUGCCGCUAUCAACUACAACAACAUUGCUUACAAGAAAAGUGCAAACGGAAAGUGUCCAGCAACAAUGUGGAAAAAGUGUUACGCAUCAACGAAGCAGUAGAGCCAGUAGAGCGCAGCAGCAGCGGCACCAGCAUAUGACUUGUGCAGUGGCAGCAGCUGCAGCGCAAACGCAACUCGCGGCACCCUCCUUCCGCCUCACAGCAUCCUUCACACCGCGUUGCCUGAUGCUGGUACUGCUACUCUGUCUCUCACACGCUUUAGAUUUAAUUCAAACAGUGCACGCCAGCCCAUCUGGUGUUACCAGUACGGAGGCAUAUUUUAAUGGUUCUGCCUACCUGCGAUUGCUCACGCCGAUGCCAAUUUGGGAUCAUUCAGCCAUAAGUUUUCGUUCCUGUCGCGGCGGCGAAAUUUUAGCUCAACAAUACAAUAAGAACUCAUUCGUCAUCACUGUGCUGAAUGAUUUUCUGCAAGUCUCGUUGGCUGGUCCGGCGGUGAUUGGCCCCAACAACCGUUUGGAUGUGAAGCUUCCAUACCAUUUACUUGAUAAUCAUUGGCACACGUUACAAUUCAAGUACGAGUAUGGCAAUCUUUAUUUGUACAUCGAUCGCACGUCUAUGGUUUUUGCCAAUUCAACUUAUAACAGCCAAUUUCUGACCAAUCAAGAUAUUGGCAAUGAAGCGGCUAUUUUAAUAUUGGGCAACUCAUUCAGCGGCUGUUUACAAGACGGCCCUGGAUUACUGUUCAUCAAUGGCUCUGUGCAAAAUGUCGUUUAUGGGCCGUGCCCGCUAGCAACCGGUCCCUGCGGUGAUCACGACACACUUGUGGCUGGCCAAGAUAACUAUUGCUCAAAUGAUCCCUGCAUGAGUCAUGGUCAAUGUAUUUCGCUAAAUGAUGGUUACGAGUGCCACUGUACCGCCCGUUAUUCGGGUAAGAACUGUCAGAUCGACAGUGGAUCGCCGUGUGCGCGUAGUCCCUGCUCGAAUGGCGGUAACUGCGUGGAGGAUGGACGCGGCGACUAUCAAUGUCAAUGCACGCCGAAUUACACUGGUAAAAACUGUGAAAAGGAAAUCAAUGUGCACCCUGUAUGUCUAACGAAUCCUUGCCUAAACAAUGGUGCUUGCAUUGUAGCGCCUGGUACUUCAAAAAUCGAAUGCGAGUGUGCUAAAGGUUAUACGGGUGCGCGCUGUGAGACCGAUGUAGACGAUUGCGCUUCACAACCUUGCCUGAAUAACGGCCGUUGUCUGGAUUUAGUGGAUGGCUUCACUUGUGAUUGCCGUGACACUGGUUUCACGGGUCAAAUCUGUCAGACGAACAUCGACGAGUGCGAAGGCAAUCCGUGCAAACAUGGCGGACGCUGUUACGACCGCUAUGGCUGGUUUAUAUGCCAAUGUCCGGAUGGCUGGGCUGGUGAGACCUGUGAGGAUGCAACUAGCUGCAAGACACAACAGUGUCUCAACGGUGGCACCUGUGUGAACAAAACUAUCGGUUUCUAUUGUCAAUGUGCGCCAGGCUAUAGCGGUGAGCUCUGUCAGCAAAACCCGCCGUGUCCGCAGUGUCCCAUCGAUUCGGAGUGCAUAGCUGGGAAGUGCGUGUGUAAGCCAGGCACAACGGGCCCCAUUGGCCAUUGUCUACCAAUACCAACAACACCACCACCUAUAUUGGUGACAAGUAAUACAACUACAGCAACCACAGCAACAACAACAACAACUGCUACUGCAGCACAAUUGACAGCAAUUGCGGCUACCACAGCUACAACAACAAAAACGGCAACAGCAACAACAAUUAGUCCGCUAUUGUCCAAUGUGCAGCAAUCACGCCCGGCUCAAUUGAAUGCAUGCCCCCCCGAAAAUUGCUUGAACGGUGGUACUUGUAGUGGAAAUGCUUCAAAUUUUACUUGUUUAUGUGCUAGUGGAUACACAGGUUACAAUUGCGAACUGGCCACCACUGAUGGCCCGACAAGCGUGCCAUUGACCGCUGGUGGUGCCGGCGUUGGGGGUGCCAACACUAUCGGCACAAUUGUCAACUGUCUUAAUGGCGGCAAAUGUCUGAAUGGCGGCACCUGUUCAAUGAAUGGCACACAUUGCUACUGCCCCAGUGGAUUUUCAGGUGAUCGUUGUGAGAAGGCCGAACCCUGUACUGCGGUGAAUUGCCAAGAGCCAAUGGUGUGCCAGCUGAACAAGUGUGUUUGUCCGGAGAAUAAAAUCUGCACGCCGUGCUCGGCCCAACCUUGCCGCAAUGGUGGACUUUGUACCGAUCUGCCCAAUGGCGAGUACACAUGCAGCUGUCCGUCCGGCUGGACGGGUCGCACCUGCACCAAAGAUGUCGAUGAGUGUGUUUUGGAUCCGAAUAUUUGCGGUAAUGGUAUUUGUAAGAAUGAAGAGGGCUCAUACAAGUGCUAUUGCACACCAGGUUUUACGGGUAAACACUGUGACUCCGAUGUGGAUGAGUGUUUGAGUCAUCCCUGUCAGAAUGGUGCGACUUGCAACAAUAAGUUGUUCUUUUUUAAAUAUGGAAAACAUCGGAUUUUGAGACAAAUCAACGCAUACGAAUGCGUGUGCCAACCGGGUUACACGGGCAUCAAUUGCGAAGUCGACAUCAACGAAUGCGAUAGUAAUCCCUGCACGAAAGGCUCCACAUGCAUCGACAUGAUCAACAAUUUCACCUGUUCCUGUAUACCCGGCAUGACGGGUCGUUUCUGCGAGAACGAUAUCGAUGAUUGUAUUUCGGCGCCUUGCCAACACGGCGGACAUUGCAUAGACGAACUGGGUGGCUUCCGUUGUGAUUGUGCCAACACUGGCUAUGAGGGACAACUCUGCGAACUGAAUAUCGAUGAAUGUGAAUCGUAUCCAUGUUUAAAUGGCGCUGCUUGCAUAGACGAUAUAAACGAUUACCGAUGCAAAUGUUAUGCAGGCUAUAUGGGCAAGAAUUGUGAAACUGAUAUUAAUGAAUGCGAAAGUAAUCCAUGUUUGUAUAACGGCAAUUGCUUGGAACGUUCCAAUAUAACAUUAUAUACGCUGAGUCAAACAAUGGAGCUGCCGGAGUUCUUCAGUCGACCGUUCUCCUAUCAGAAUGCCAGUGGAUAUGAAUGCGUUUGUGUGCCGGGUAUUAUGGGCAAGAAUUGUGAGAUCAAUAUUAAUGAAUGUGAAACGAAUCCAUGUGGAAAGCAUGGCACCUGUAAUGAUGGCAUCGGCACAUAUACCUGCGAAUGCGACCCAGGCUUCGAGGGACGACAUUGCGAUGUAAAUAUCGACGAGUGCGACAGGUAUCAACCCUGUGGCACACAUGGCACCUGUUUCGACGAGAUCAACGACUACACUUGCGACUGCGAUGCCAAUUAUGGCGGUAAGAACUGUUCCGUACCUUUGAUAGGUUGCUUGAGUGCACCUUGCCAGAAUGGAGGCUACUGCAAACCGUAUUUGGUGAAUGAAACCGAACAUCUCUUCAACUGCACCUGUCAACAUGGUUUCCAGGGGAACAUUUGUGAAAAGACCACAACUAUUUCUAUGGUUGUGAGCAGUCUGAUAACGGUGAAGACCCAACGUGAAGAAGGUUAUGAUAUCAAUUUACAGUUCAAAACCACACUACCCAAUGGUGUACUCGCUUUUGGCACUUCGAUUGGUCACAACGAACCCGUUAGCUAUAUAUUAGAAUUGAUUAAUGGUCGCCUGAAUUUACACUCUUCACUGCUCAACAAAUGGGAGGGCGUGUUCAUUGGUUCCAAAUUAAAUGAUAGUAAUUGGCAUAAAGUAUUUGUGGCUAUCAAUACUUCGCAUUUGGUACUCUCUGCCAACGAUGAGCAAGCCAUCUUUCCCGUGGGCUCAUAUGAGACAGCAAAUGGUAGUCAACCUUCAUUUCCGCUCACCUAUUUGGGUGGUACAAUACCCAAUUUGAAAUCUUAUUUACGUCAUCUGCCUCAUCGACCGUCGAGUUUCGUGGGCUGCAUGCAAGAUAUUGUCGUCAAUGGCAAGUGGAUUUUCCCCGACGAACAAGGCACCGAAAAGGAUACAAAGUUAACGAACAUACAGGCCGGUUGUCCACGCAGCGAGCAAUGUGUGCCAAAUCCCUGUCAUUCGAAUGGCGCUUGCACGGAUCUGUGGCAUACAUUCUCGUGUACCUGCCAGCGUCCGCAUUUCGGGCACACCUGUAAAUACAAUAUAACCGCCGCCACAUUUGGUCAUGAGAAUACCACACAUUCUGCUGUUGUUGUGGAAACAAACGAUGCUGCUCGUCGCGCCAUUCGUUCCAUAUUAGAUAUCUCCAUGUUUAUACGCACACGCGAGCCAACUGGGCAAGUGUUCUAUUUGGGCAGUGAUCCGAAGAAGCCCAGUGUUAAGACUGACAUCGGCGAAUCCUAUGUAGCUGCCGAGCUGCAUGGCGGCGAACUGUUGGUCAAAAUGCAAUUUAAUGGCACGCCAGAAGCCUACACAGUUGGCGGCAAUAAACUCGACAAUGGCUACAAUCAUCUCAUCGAAGUGGUGCGUAAUCAGACACUCGUCCAGGUCAAGCUCAAUGGCACUGAAUACUUCCGUAAAACACUCUCCUCCACGGGUUUGCUCGAUGCACAGGUGCUCUAUCUCGGUGGGCCGCCAGUUGGUGAGCAAACUCAAGCGCCAACAACAACUGGCACAGAUACGGUGCUGGUAACGCCUGAGGAGAAUACGCCAACCAAUGAAAUUGAUGAAAAGGACUAUUUUAAAGGUAUCAUACAGGAUGUGAAAGUAAGCAAUGGCUCGCAUACUAUGAUCGUAGAGCUAUAUCCAUUGAAUGAAGAUGACUUACUGCUACCGCCACCCUUCGGUGUAGUCACUAUCGAUCGCACUUCGGUGCUGAAAGGUGAGGUUACUGACGAUUUGUGUCGCAAGAAUCCCUGUAAACACAAUGCCGAUUGUCGCAAUACAUGGAAUGAUUAUGUGUGCACUUGUCCGAAUGGUUAUAAGGGAAAGAAUUGCCAAGAGAUCGAGUUUUGUCAGUUAGUCACUUGUCCAGGCAACAGUAAAUGUCAAAACCUUGACGAUGGCUAUGAAUGUUUGACGAACAUCACUUUCAAAGGCAACGAGAAGAACCCACUGGCAUUCACUUACUUCGUAGAACAACCGCCGGAGGAGCCGAAAAUGUUGGUGAAACCGGUAAUUGAGAUUGCAUACCGAACACGCGCGGGUGGCACAUUAUUCUACAUAGAGAAUGGUGAGAGCUUCUUUGAAAUUGGUGUGAAUCAAGGACAAGUUACGGUCACUUGGCGACUGAGUCAAGAGCCAUUCGGCGACACCAAGCGCUUCACCAAGGAUACAUCUGAUCCCAGCUAUAUGGAGAUGAUGAAUGAGCCAGGCUGGAACCGCAUAUAUUUACGCGCACAAAGCGGUAAACUUGAGGGCGGCUGGAAGGGUUGGGAGAGUAUGGUAGAUCCUUCGCCGGCCUUCUCUGCUGACAUUGAUCAACUUGCCUUCCAAGAGCUACUCUCAAGCGAUACACCAGUCUACCUCGGCGGCAUGCCCACUGAUAGCCGGCAGGCGCGUGGCAGCAGCUCAGCACAGCAGGGCUCACAAUUCAAGGGUUGUUUGGGUGAGGCGCGCGUUGGCGAUCUAUUGUUGCCAUAUUUCUCCAAUGCCGAAAUGUAUCCGCACACUGAGAACGUAUCCGUGCAGCCACAGUCACAAUUCCGACUCAACUCAACCAAACCGGAUGAGGGUUGUGUGCUCUGCUUCAAUACGGACUGUAAGAAUGGUGGCUAUUGUAGUUCACCAUCGGAGCAGUACGCCUGCAAGUGUCUAGCUGGCUAUGAGGGGGACGAUUGCUCGAUUGAUAUUGAUGAAUGCUUGGUGGCAACUUGUAAAAAUAAUGCCACUUGUAUUGAUAAGGUGGCAGACUUCCAGUGUCGCUGCUUGCCGGGCUAUGAUGGACGCUUCUGUGAGCACAACAUUGACGAGUGUGCCUCGCAGCCAUGUCAUAAUGGUGGCACUUGCACGGAUCUAAUUGCGGCCUUCCACUGUGACUGUACAGAGGACUAUGCGGGCGUACAAUGUGAUUUGUUGAAACAGGUGACCUGUGAGAAUUUACCAUGCCGCAAUGGAUCGACGUGCGAGGAUGGAUUGAAUGUCAACACCAGCAACAAUUUCACCUGCCUUUGUAUGGCCGGUUUCGAAGGCCCCUAUUGUGAUGUGCCCUUCUGUGAGACGACACCAUGUCAAAAUGGCGGUCUUUGCAUUCUAUCGGAUCCAUUCACCCCACUGUGUCAGUGCAGUCUAGGCUACACCGGCCGCUUUUGUGAGAUGGACAUCAAUGAGUGUGAUCCUAAUCCCUGCCUCAACAAUGGCGAAUGUCACGAUCUGAUCGGUAGUUAUCAAUGCAACUGCACCAAUACCGGCUUCGAGGGCAAUAACUGCGACAUCGAUAUCGAUGAGUGCGCAUCGGGUAUUGAGUAUUGUGGCGGUUUGGGACGUUGUAUCAAUUUACUAGGCUCAUUCAAGUGCAUCUGUCAGGACAACUUCUGUGGCGUCUACUGCAACUUAACCGAUCCGUGCAAGAACGGACGAUCACCGUGCAUGAAUGGCGGCACUUGUGAGGAGGCAUGCGGCGAUGAGGUGGACUACUCAUGCAAUUGUACGGCCGGUUAUGAGGGCAAGGACUGUGCACUAGUGAUGGCCGCCAAGGAUGAGGGUCCCUCCACCGCCGACAUUGCCAUCAUUGUGAUACCUGUGGUAGUGGUGCUGUUGCUCAUUGGCGCUGCGCUGCUGGGCACCUUCUUGGUAAUGGCACGCAAUAAGCGUGCGACGCGCGGCACCUACAGUCCCAGCGCGCAAGAAUACUGCAAUCCGCGACUGGAGAUGGAUAAUGUGCUAAAGCCGCCGCCAGAGGAGAGGCUUAUUUAGUCGCAGUAACCGAUCGACUAUGCGAAUGUGAAUAAGUGAAGCAAGAUACAUAUUUUGCUACAUUUUUAACUAGUUAAUGUUGACUUGACACGAACGAGAACAAAAAAUGAAAAAUAAGGGGAAAAACACAGUUUUCUUGUUAUGGACUUAAAUGUCUUUAUCCGCCCAUUAAUUGUAGUUAUAGUCAAUAGUUAAGUGUGUAAGUUAAGCAUUGUGAAAUGGGGCUCAUGAAGAAAGUGUAGAUGGAAAUUCGCGCUAACGAUUUUUUCAACUACGCGCGCGAGUUUUAAAAAUAAAACUCGCGAAAUAAAAAAAUAAAACUCGCGAAUCGAAAAUUAAACUCUUGGGCGUAUUGAGAAUA